CUGUACUAUAGAAGUUCCUAGCACGUGUAGAACUGAAAUAUAUUUUGAUUACAUAUUAUGUUUUGGAAUAAACCGGGUGAUGGUUUUAAUUUCCAAACACACGUUGCACUGGUCUUUAUCACGGAUCAGACAUACGAAAUACAUGUAACCUAAAAAUGGCGGAAAAUAAAACGAUGAUCGGAGAAAAAAUAAAACCAUUAUUUCGUAAUUUGACGGCAGACGAUCCAGAGCCAGAAAUUACAGAGAUCGAGAGUCUCUGCAUAAAUUGCGGUCAAAAUGGCAGCACUAGAUUACUGUUGACAAGAAUUCCACAUUAUAAGGAUAUUGUGGUAAUGUCAUUCGACUGUGAACAUUGUGGCUAUCAGAAUAACGAGAUACAAAAUAGUGGAAAAAUUCAAGAGAAAGGGAUUAGAAUAACAUUGCAAGUUACGACGCUUAAGGACUUGAAUCGUCAAGUCAUCAAGUCCGAUUAUACCAGUGUGAAAAUUCCAUCUCUGGAUUUUGAGAUUCCAUCCAGAUCACAAAAAGGUGAAAUCACAACAAUAGAGGGUAUAAUACAAAGAACGAUCACUGGCUUAGAACAAGACCAACCUGCCAGAAAAAAAGAAGAUCCACAUUCAGCUGCUCAAAUUGAUCAGUUUCUUGAGAAAUUAAGGAAGUUGAGAUCAUUGGAUGAACCUUUCACUAUUACAUUCGAGGACAUAUCAGGGGAGUCUCACAUAGAGAAUCCAAAUGCACCCUUGAAGGAUGAAAAGUGCACCGUUGUUAGAUUUAAGAGAACAACAGAACAAGAUCACACUUUAGGGAUCUACAACGAAAAUUCAGACAAUGUUCUACUGAAACCUAUAAAAGAAGGAGAAUACACAUUAGAGGAAAUCGAGGGUGAAGUUCUUUCGUUUGGAACAAACUGCCCAGAAUGUAAUUGCCCAUGUGAAACUAACAUGAAAAUGACAAAUAUACCACAUUUUAAAGAGGUGGUAAUCAUGGCAACAGUCUGCGAAUCUUGUGGCCAUCGAACUAACGAAGUUAAAAGUGGGGGAGGUAUUGAAUCCCAAGGAGUGAAAAUAGAAGUGACCGUUGCAGGAAAAGAAGACUUCAGUCGUGAUCUAUUAAAAUCGGAAACUUGUUAUAUGCAAAUACCAGAAUUGGAACUGGAAAUCGGACCUGCCGCUUUAGGUGGACGAUUUACCACCGUCGAGGGUAUUUUAAUGGCGGUCAAAGAUCAGUUAUCGUCGUCAACAGCAUUUACUGGGGACAGCAGCGAUCAAGAAGUUGUGAAGAAAAUGGAAAUGUUCCUAUCGCACUUAGACGAGGUACUAGAAGGAAAGCGAGAAAUAACGUUGAUAUUAGACGAUGCAGCUGGUAACAGCUACAUACAAAGUCUAUCGGAUGAUGGAAUCGACUCUGGUUUGAAGAUCACCAAAUAUGAAAGGAAUUACGAACAGAACGAGGAACUUGGUCUGAAUGACAUGAAGGUUGAGAAUUACUAAUUACUCACUGAGGAGAUGAUAUCAAUCUGAUGUAUCAUAAUUGAUGAAAAAAAAUGUAUCAUAAAUGUAUACAUACUGUGUUAUGUAAAUACAUGUUGUGCAAUCUUAUUGCAAGAUUUUUAACAAGA